AUCACGGGGCGAUGCAGGCGUUUGAUUGACACGGUUCUAACUGUUGCUGGAGGGUGAAGUUCUCAUACACAUGCAUGUCUAUGGGGACGUUAGCCUGCCGGACAACACACAGACAAUUCGACAAUUUUCUAUAGACAUUACGGUCAGCCAUGACUCUGCAGACCUUCUCCUUCCCCUUUCCUGAAACGCGAUUCGUCAAAGCUGACUGUGUCAUCUACAAGUUCAAGAUCAGAGGAGGCAGCAGCUUCAGUGUGUACAUCAGUGGUGAGGAGGUGAUGGGAGGAAACUGCUUCAAUCAGGAACUGGAGGACAUCAUCAGAACUGUUCUUGGCAACCUUGACAGUCUCCAGCCUUUCUCCAGUACCCACUUUAACGUCUUCCCUUAUAAGAGGCGGUGGGAGGGAUUGUCCAAGGUGAUGUGCAAGCACGAAGAGAAGAAGCUGCGAGCCUACCCAUUCAUUCUUAUCCUCUAUGUGGAGAAAAACAAACAGAGUGUGCAGAGGAAAAGGAGAAGCGGGGGCUUUGUACAGGUCCCUAACGAUGUCUCACACGUUUCAGGAAAACAAGUAGAGAAGAAUCUGCGUCCAGAGGAAGAGAAAGAGCGGCACUCGUCCGUUUCUGAGCCCCGGUCAAAGCGCUGUAGGGCAGAUUCACCACCAGAGGAGGCCAUACUACUGGACUUGAUCAAGGACGUGGAGGCUGACGGGAACAUUUCCAUGUCGGGCAGGCUGCACGUGGACAAUCCACAUGCAGAGGGAGAGGUCGAAGAGGAUCCAGGACCUGUCGACGAGAUGAAAUCAGAUGUCAACAUGAUGAAUGAGAGUCCAGGUGAAGUGCGGCUGGGGGAAAUACAGGACAUGGGAGUGGAGGAGGAAGAAAAGGCUGCCUCUGGGAGGUCAGGGAUCCUGACUCGCCUGGCCAGGUAGCCAUAUCUUCCCAUUCUCCUUGUUCUUCCGAGACCACUGAGAGCUCUGCCAACGAGACGAGAACUGGUUCCAGUUGUGCAGUGUCGUUGGUUAAAGGUCUGCUCUGAGCAAAAACAUGUAUUUUGAUUUAUUUGAAAACCAAAAUCUAUAGAUUUGUUUGUGUUCUUGUUCCUUCAACCUCCAUCAAUGUGUCAGUAUAGUAUUUCCUCUGGCUGCAGCGAUGGGGGGUCUUUUUUACACUGUUUUGCUGCUGCAGCUUCUCACUAAUAUUGGCAAAUAAAUGUUCUCACUUCUUUAUUACGUAUUACUUAACAUUAGAAAAGUGCAGGGGUUAGGACCAAAGCCAAAUAUAGAGCCAAAUAAAUGCUAGUAAAACAAAA